AUGGGAAAAGACAUCAACAUAUUUCAUCUUUUAGAUCAUGAUAUUUCUUUUGAUGAAUAUGAACUUCAGUCUAGAGAGAUUAAUGAUGAAUUAGCAAUCAUAAUUUCAGAAGAAGACCUUAUAGCAUCAACAGUUCUCAAUGAUGAACACCAAUAUGCUUAUGAUUCAAUUUUACAAAAGGUUUUCUCAAAUCAGGCAGGCUCUUUCUUUAUUGAUGGUUCUGGUGGAACACAAAAAACAUUUCUAUAUAAAGCGCUUCUUGCUACAUUAAGGUCUAAACAAUUAAUAGCAGUUGCAACUAUAUCAUCUGAUGUUGCUGCAUCUAUUUUAUCUGGAGGUGGAACAACACAUUUACGAUUCAAGAUUCUAUUGAAUUUUGACAAAAACAAUACUUGCAAUGUUAGCAAACAAAGUGGACUUGCAAGAUUGUUACGUGUUGCAAAGUUAAUCAUAUGGGAUGAAACCCUUAUGUCAAAAAAACAAUCUGUAGGAGCAUUGGACAUAAUGCUCCGAGACAUCAAUAAUUCUGAAUUAUUAUUUGGUGGCAAUAUCAUUGUUUUUUGUGGAGAUUUUCGACAAAUUUUACCCGUUGUUCGUAAAAGUACAAGACGAACAAUUUGA